AUGGUUCCCGAUUCGGGACUGAUCGGUCUCUCUUCUUUUAGCAUCAUGCAGUACGCAACGCUGGUUGCUUGUAUCGUUACCCCCUUUUUUGGUGGAGUUCUCUGCUCCUCGGUUGUCAAACGCAACAUGGAAUGGUGUCGUGGCCUAAAACGAUCGUCUAUCACCCCUCCGGAUUGGGUCUUCCGUCCGGUGUGGACUAUUCUCUAUGCUUUAAUGGGAGUUGCAUCGUACCUGGUAAUCAAGGAGGCUGAUCGGCGGGAUGUCUGGCUUCCCUUGGCUGUUUAUGGUGCAAACUUGCUCUUGAAUUGGUCCUGGACGCCAGUCUUUUUCGGAUUGCAUUGUCUCAAGACCGUAAGUAUUUUAUUUUCUCGUUGCUUCCUCGUCAUUAAAAUGGCUGAGGAAAUUCUAUUUCUGCCCGGAAUCCACCAUCAUCUUAGCUUUGAAAUCGAAACUGACAUAAACAUCUUACCUUUUGUCAGGCUGUGAAAUAAGCAGAUUCACAGGUCUUGUCAAUAAGCAUAUGCAAGUAGUGCAACUGUAAUGUCUUCAGUCAUGAUCUGGGGGCCAAUCUGGGAAACCCAUUACCUGAAAAUGUAUUAUAAGGUAUGGCGGUAGUGUAAUAUAUCGAAUGUUUGUAAAACGCACGCAGGUCUGAAAUCCUAUACCGCUUGUACUGCUUUUUAACUCAACUUUUCCCUAAUUCGCAUUAAUUAUGCUUCCGAUCCCUAUGAAUCUGCUGUCCAAGAUGCAAGUAUUAAUGACUACCAUUAACCAUUAGAUGGUCGUCAUCUAAACGCCAGUCUCUUCAUGGCAUGCACGAACGCAUUGAUACCGGAGGUUUACAUAACUACCGAGUCCGCCUUUUUAGUUGAUCGUCAGCAUCAUUACUUUUCCAAAAUCCAAGAUGCCUUAACGUUAACCGCAUUGUUGGAUUGAUGUUUGCCGGAUUGUGACCUGGAAAUUUACUUUUGGUGCCUUUGUCUUCAUACGUAUCUCCCUGAAAGGGGCAUACCUACAGCAAGCGGUGUAUUUACGGAGUAAGUUCGAGAAGUUUGCGGAUAUUAAGCCAUAUUCAUGUUUGCGAAUGUUGAUUCAGAGACCUCGGCAAAGUGGUCUUUUCAAUACCAUACUUUUAACCGCCGAGAUUCUGCGAGAACCAAACUCACACUUAACCCUGAUUCAACAAAAUAGAUUGCCAUUUAGGGCAUCGAAAAAAAAUAUGCACAUCGCAUUGGCCGCUGUUAUUUUACCUUGUCACUUGCCUCAGGGCAAGAGUUGACGAAAGCUCGCGCGGUAUUCCUAGCAUUCCAAAGUAAUAUCCUAUUUGGACACACCUUUAAGGAUUACGGUACACACUCUAGUCACAUCAAUGCCAAUGCCUGAAACUACUCGGAUGAUGGGGAUUGUGGCGAUCGUUAGUACGAUUAAUAGUGAUCCGCCAAUGACAAAAACGUAAAAAUUAUUUGACGAAGUUGCUGCUUACUGUGCCUCUUCCGACUAAUACAUGAAUUUCUUUCUACUCAUUCAGUCCGCCGCAAUAGUCUUCGUCACAAUACCCAGUGCCGUGGGCUGUUACUACCUGUUUCUCGAGGUCAACCCCACCGCUGGGCAACUGCUGUUGCCAUACGUCCUGUGGCUCUUUUUCGCCUUCACAGUUAGCGUCUGCACGGCUCGACUCAAUUCCGCUUCCCCUCCAAAGGAGGCGCCUUAG